AUGUUGUCGAGUUAUUCUGUGGUAACGUUGUUGUGUGCCGUAACGUUAAUUUUACGUCCUCACUACACACAUUCAGUAGAUUUAAAAGAGUCCUGUUCAACGUGUAGACAGAUCACUGACACCUUUGUCAAGGGGUUCGAGAGAACAGCAAAGAAGAACUUUGGAGGGGGCAACACCGCCUGGGAAGAAAGGAAGCUGGGCAAAUAUGAGACCAGUGAGAUUCGCCUGUUGGAGAUUGUGGAGAGCCUUUGUGACAGCAGCAGCUUCGAGUGCAACCACAUGGUAGAGGAACACGAGGAGCACUUUGAGACCUGGUGGUUCAGGAGGCGAGCAAAGCACCCUGACAUUUUUAAAUGGUUCUGCAUCAAUACCAUCAAAGCGUGCUGUCCGAAUGGAACCUUCGGCCUUGACUGCAAUGCGUGUGUGGGAGGUUCCGAGAGACCCUGCCAUGGCAACGGUGCGUGCGAUGGAGACGGAACCAGGGCAGGUCACGGCGGGUGCAGCUGUAACCAUGGAUACCAGGGGGAGUUCUGCCUGGACUGCGCUGAUGGGUACUUUAACAAGGAGAGGAAUGACACAUUCUCUCUGUGUGCAGCCUGUGACAGGGUGUGCUCUGGCUGCACGGGGGCGGGGCCCGACCGCUGCCUGACCUGUGCCGACGGCUACCGGGACGAGGACGGCACCUGCGCAGAUAUUGAUGACUGUAUGCUGAAGGAGCAGGUGUGUUCCGGAGAGCACCGGGAGUGUGUCAACACCGAGGGCAGCUACACAUGCCAAUGUUCCAGCGGCUUCCAGGAGCAGGACGGAGUCUGCGUCCAGACGCCAGGACCAGGUGACCACACAGCAGGCUAAAGCACACCAAGCUAGAGGAAGACCAGGAAGUGGACGACCCCAAACAAAUGGGUAUGCCAACAGAGAGACACCCAGAGGA